AUGGCCGACAUGCUCUUUGAGCGAAUCCCGCGCCUCCAGGUGAUGAUCUGCCGGCAGUGUCGGUAUGGCGUCUGGCGCCGAGGCGGAGCGACAUCGCAAGCGACAUCACCAGCUCGACCACCAGACCGGCCUCUUAUGCCGCCGCGACCCGGCGACCUGCCACUAUCUCGUCGCCAACAUGAAGUCCAUGCGGAAGCACUGGCAGGCGGUCCACCAGUGGUCCUAGUACUCCGAGCGCGGCCGGGCCCCCAGUCGCAGCAGGCCGCGCGGGAGGCCGAGCUGCAGCGGUCGGACGAGGUAGUCUCCUACCAGCAGCUGUUCCCGUCGCGCGCGGGCUCGCACUACAUCCACAUCCGGUUCCCGCACGGCCGCGCGUUGCUGCCGCCGCCGCCGGACCAGGCGCAGCAGGCGGUCGAUGCGGUCGUGGAGGCGUGGGAGCAGGCGGAGGCCGCCAGCCGAUAG